GCGCCUUUCUCUUUAGUUUCUCAGGUGGCUGAAAGUGCUGCAGUGAGAAGCAGUGACGAUGGGGCGGCUGACAAAAAACAAAGCUUGAAGAAGAUCUUCAUGCAGGAAUCUGACGCCUCAAACUUCUUCAAGAAACGUGGCAAGAGAUCAACAAAAUCCCAGGAUGAAAUCAAUGCUGAGAACAGGCAGAGAUUAUCCGCAGAUGAGCGCAGGAGGGAGUACUACGAGGAGCAGAGGAAUGAGUUUGAGAACUAUGUGGAGGAAGAACAGGAUGAGCAAGAAGAACGCACUCGUGAACAGGUUGAACAGUGGCGCCAGUGGCACUACGACGGACUGUCUCCUUCCUACAUUUAUCAACGUCAAAACAUUUAA